AUGAGAACAAAUCAACUUUCGAGUCUCGAUAUUAAAAGGAAAAAUCAUCCAUCUACCGACCCAAAGAAGUCCAUAAGGUCACCCAAUGCGCAGGAGACAGGUAUAGUGUCUUAUACAAAUCCAAGAAAGGGGGAUAGUUCGUAUAUGAACGCUCAGCGGUUUUCACCUCAGAAGUCACAAGAAGGACAGACUUAUUCCAGAAAAAAGAGGCCAAUUUACGUUCAUAGUGAAGAUGGCAAAGAUAAGAGGAUAGAACCGCUGCAAGUAAAGCAAGGGAGGCAAGGGAAGCAAGGAAUGCGAGACACUAAAUCAUACCCCACGCUGUUGGAACCAGAGAAGCAUUCCAGUGAUGAUGACGAGAAAGAAUUUGGCGUAAUCAAUGUAUCCAAAAUCACCCCGAGCCCGAGGAAGAAGAAGAGACUGUCUAUUUAUGACGAGAUCGAAGGAUUACUCGAUUUAAAUGAUGAUGAUGGUGAUGAUGGUGAUAGCAAACAGAUCGAACGUAAAAAGUUAAAGGUAUCUACAACUAGUGAUGGGCGAAUAGACUUGAUUCGUAGUUUUGAGGAGGCCAAGUAUGGAACUAAACAGGAUAUCGCCAAGAAGCACAAACUGAAAGGUAUUCCUAAACCUAUAACAUCACGCUCUGAGCUUUUGCAACGAGCACGAGCUCAUUUUGAAGAGAUGAAGCUUGUGCUUGAGGGAAAGUGUCCCCCAUCUAUAUACUAUGAGAGAGCCAAAAGGAUACGAAAAAACUCCUCGCAUGAAACCAUGACAGCUAAAGAACAAACAAGAGUAGAUUGGGAACUGUUUUAUGGCGGGUACUAUGGGUUUCAAAGGCAAUCGAUCAUUGGUAAAGAAAUAACCAAAGUGUGUCAAAACGAGUUGCAGAAGCAAAGGAAGAACCCAACUAUUAGCUACUGGUCCAUACCUAGUUUUGCUACUCAUGUGCUAGCCAAUGAAGUUAUAAUACGAAUGAUUAUGGAGGACUUGAAGCUUGAUUACGAUGCGGCUGAAGCUGUAUGCACUGAAACUACUGAUUACGGAAUUGCGAUUGCAGAUAAAAUCGAAAUAGAGGAUGAUUAUUAG